AGCGUAGCCCAAGGGAGUGAUCACACGAACCAGCGCCCUCCUCCUCCUCCUCCUCCUCCUUCGAAGAUCUGCAGAAGGCGGUUCAACGUCAUGAAAAUUGCUCUCGCCGUCCUUCUCGCCCUGGUGUGUCUCCAAAGCGGGUGGUCGUGGAUGGCGGACCUCGACGCCAACAGAGAGCCACAGCGGCGUCUUUGCGGUUGGAAAUUGGCUAAUAAACUCAACAGCGUUUGCAAAGGAGUCUACAACAAGCCAGGCCCGAUGAGUAAUAGUCUUUAUUACAGACAUAGGCGAGGCAAGACUCGCCCUCAAGCCGGAGGUUUCGCGGCCUCGCUUCCUCAGGCGAGAGAGUCCUUAUCCUACCCCCCCAACCCCGAGUCCUACCCCCCCAACCUCAAGCCCGGCCAGGACCCAAGGACACGCCCCUCCGCCACGGACGCCUUCGACCUGAUCAUCCUCCGCAACGCCCUUUUGUCCUCGGGCGUCCCUUUCCCCUUCCUGACGGAGGCGGAGGCGUCGCAGGUGCUGAAGGAGGCGCCGCGUCGUAAGCGUGGGCUGUCGGCGGAGUGCUGUCGGAAGGCCUGCUCGGUGUCGGAGCUGGUCGACUACUGCUACUAA